AUGACCGACUUACCGGCCCACGCCUCACCAAAGCUCGCCCCGCGUUCGCUUCCGACCAGAUCAGAUGGACAAUUGAAUGACUUGAGUCAGAGCACUACAGGCGAACAAACCCCGGCCCUACCGGACUCAUUGAUAUCGCCCGCAUUUACCCCACCUGCGACCCCCGGUGGCACAUUGAACUUAGAUUUACAUCCUACCGCAGUCCUUCACGAAAGCCAGGCGGCAGAUAUUCAACAUAAGAGCCAGGAUGCUAAAGCUCCCAAAUUACUCUCGCGGCUCCCAGCAGUGGAAUGCAUUGUGCGGGCGCGCAUCCCGACGACCAACGGAGCGGAAAUGUUUUUGCAUCUCUAUCACAAUGAUUUGGAUGGAAAGGAGCAUUUGGCCAUUGUGUUUGGAAACAAUAUUCGCAGCCGGAGCUUGGACAGCGUUCGGCCAGGAGAGACCGAGAUGGACCGAAUGAUUCGUGGCGCGUACGUUGGGAAAUUGCACCCAGGCCGAGUCAGCAGCCGAUAUGAUGACGAUCUGGCUGGGUCACCCUCAACGCCAAAGCAGGUCGAGCCGCCCCUGGUGCGAAUUCACUCGGAGUGUUAUACGGGAGAAACGGCGUGGUCGGCGCGGUGCGAUUGCGGCGAGCAGCUAGAUGAGGCGGCACGCUUGAUGUCUUUCCCGGUUGAGGGUCUUGCCUCUGAUGCGCCGCCAGAGGUUCAAUCCCUCUCAUCACAUUCGAAAGGAGGUGUGAUUGUUUACCUGCGUCAGGAGGGUCGUGGAAUCGGUCUUGGGGAGAAGUUGAAGGCAUACAAUCUCCAGGAUCUCGGGUCGGAUACCGUCGAGGCAAACCUUUUGCUCCGCCAUCCAGCUGAUGCCCGAAGCUAUGGACUGGCCACAGCUAUCUUGGAAGAUCUUGGUUGUGGUGCGGAUGCCAUCCCAGAAGGAAUUCGCCUACUUACCAAUAACCCCGAUAAAGUCCGCGCUAUCGAGGGCCCAAAUCGGGAGGUUCUCGUAAAGGAGCGGGUGCCGAUGAUUCCAUUGGCAUGGCGGACUGGGGGCCAGAGAGGAAUUAAGAGCUCUGAAAUUGAAGGCUAUCUACAGACUAAGAUCUCGAAAAUGGGUCAUAUGAUCCAAUAA